UAUGAGCUGCUGAACUGAGAGGACAAAGACAGAAGAGAUGAAUAUCUCUACAGUGAACUUCACCACACCUGAAACAUCAACAAACUACACAAUUAAAUCUAUUGGGCUAAUGGACCGUGUGGAAAUUGGUGUGUACAGCAUCAGUUUUCUGUUUGGUCUUCCUGCACACUCCUAUGUUAUAUGGCUCAUCAUAACAGAAUCAGGAGUUGCAUCAGAGCUAUUCAACCUCAAUCUGUCUGUUUGUGAGUUUAUUAAUUGUCUGAAUAGUUUGGUCUCUAUACUGUCAAUUUACUUUUCAAAUCUUACAAUAAUAUCAUUGGUUUUUCAAGGACUUGUCUUCACUGGUUGUUCACUGUUUCAGAGUCUGAUCUGUGUUGAGCGUUACCUGGCAGUAGUUCAUCCUGUAACCUUUCUGAAGUACAAACUUCUCAGAUAUAGAGUGAUCUGCUGCACUGCGGCCUGGAUAAUCACUCUUGGCUCCUGUUUGUGCUGCGGAUUCAUUGUAGUAUCACUAAAAAUACAUGUAUAUACAUGGUUCUUCUCGCAGCAGUUCCUUCUCUUCUUCUCCAUCCAGUUGUUUUGUCUUGUUGCUGUUCUCAGAGCUCUGAAGCAGUCAGGACCAGGAGAGAGAGGGAGAAAGAGAGAAGAGGAAAACCACAUGAAGAGAAGAGCUUUUUAUAUUAUUCUAAUAACUACUGUGAGCAUGACUAUUAUGCAUGUCCCAUUUACUAUCACAGGAUUUCUGACCUUUCUGACACAACAGAACACUCAUGCUCUUUGGAACACGGGUUUAACUUUUUAUGUACUGGCUAGUUUUGUUCAGCCUGUUCUUUAUCUGCAACGGACUGGAAAACCCUCUCGCCUGUGUUACUCAUAA